CUUAUGUUAGUUUCUUGUCAUGUCGCCAUUUAAAAAAACAACUUUCCUUUUCUUCCUUUUCGUCGUCAGUACUAUUUACUUUCAGAAUGUCGAAUCAACGAUAGACAUUUUUGGAAUACUUGAAACACCUCGACGCAUGUAUUGUCAAUUUAAUUGCGUCGACAUAAACACUUGGAAUUUUAUUUGGAAUUCGUUGUGUUUAAAAAUAUGUCCCGAAUUGGCAUUGUUUGUAACUACUACAAGUCCACCAAUGACAAUGACAAGUUUUAUACCGAAACAAGAAACUACAACGACGAUAUCUACAACUGCAAUCACUUCGUCUAAUACACCUUUGUCAAAUCCAUCGUCAAAUCCUUCAUCGAAUGCAGGGCAGGCAACAACGGCAGCUUCUUCUUCUUCUUCUUCUUCUUCUUCUUCCUCGUCGACAGGUUCGACAACACAAUCAUCUUCUAGUGUAAGUGGUGCAAGUACGAGUACUACAAUGAUGAUGGGUUAAUAAUUUGAAUAAUAUUAUUUUAUUAUAUUGUUUAUCAUCUCAUCAGAG